AAUAAGUUGUACCCAGCCUACCUUGUGAUAAGACACAGACUAUGAGCCUCUCACAUGAGUAUCACACAUCAAACACUUCUCUAUUUCUGUCUUUAUUGCAUAUCAUUUUGUUGGUUCAUGUAUUAAUUUUAAAGUGAUCUUUGAACACAUUUGCAGGUUUGUCUCACUUUUAGACAAACUUUCAGCCACAGAACCGAAAUGAUGCAAUAGUGUCUGUUUCUCCUUAAGGACUGUAAAAUUGAAUUGUAUAUGCAAAGCAAAAUUCACAAGUAUCUGUUUAGUUCUGGGUUUUUUGUGGCCACAAACUUUAGACAGUAAUUCCUACCCAAUUUAUGAUGGAUGACAGCUGGCAAAAAUUAUAAUAAUAAUAAUCUGCAUUUUGUAUUAGACAUCCUACUGACAACAUGAGUUUUACACUUAUCUCUGAAUUUCACCUGCUGGAAAUAUUUGUAAAAAAGUCAAACAUAAAUAUUAGAUGGAAAAACAAAUAAGUUUAAGCACUGAAAUUAUUACAUAAAGAUAAUUUAGUUUACUAUAAUACAAAUUGCAUAAAAUUACUAAAUGAAAUUGACUGAAAAUGUAAACAAUAAAAGCAAAAUCAAAAACUAUAAAAGUUUAUAAUUAAUACUAAAACAACACUGACCUGCUGUUUCAUGCUUCUCAAAUCUGGUAUUUAGGUUUGAUUAUUUUGCCAGUGAAAUGUGAGCAAGAGGUUUAGGAUUAUUUGUUUUCAUAAUAAUAUGAAGCAACUGUGUUAUGUAAUCACUCUUUUGUUUUGUUUUUUACUUCAAACCUGCUUCGUUUUCUCUAUGACUGUUUAAAAUUUUAUGAAGUUCUGGAUAUGCAAAGCAAAACCUAACGUUGUCGGAGAGAGACACUGAGAUGUUUUAGUCGCUCGCUCUCUGGACCCCAAAAGAUGCUUCACUUCUGAAUAAGAGAAAACUGUGUUUAGAUCUGAAUUGAUGGAUCCAGCGUUUUGCCAGGAGUUUCUGGGGUAAGUUAUAAUUUAAAGCAAUACAUCCCACUGUUAUUUUCAAAUCUGAAAAUACUUAACGAAUGCUGAGGCUCACCCUGAAGAACCGUAUAUGACUCUGACAGCUUGAAGAAAGGCAAGAAGAAUCUCUCCUGAAGUAGAAACAGAUGUGGUGUUUAAAACUCACCUCUCGAACUUGGACUUUUUCCUUGCCAUCUUCUAGUUUUGUGUUUUGAGGAUGGGAGCCGCCUUCAAGAAGUUCUGUAUACGAUUCUGCUGUUGCUGCUGCUGUGAGGAUGAUGAGGACGAGGAAGAAAAGAGACCUUUACUUAGUCACGACACGUUAGAAUAUUUCGACCGCGAGGCGAAAAAAAGGCGGGACCAAGAGACCAAUCUGUGGAACGAGCCCGGAGACCCCUCCCACUCCGAGAGAGACGACGACCGCACGCUCUACAACCUGCUGCAGACCCGAGCCCAAACCCAGCGGGGCACUCACGGCUACCGGCGUCUGAGCGUCGACAUCGAGGCCAUGAGAGACAUGAGAAGAGAGGUGCGAGAUAAGUGGAAGAUGAUCUUAGAGAAUCUGGGGUUCAUGGCUGAAGCCGAGUCUCUGCUGACUGUGUCCACCAGCGCGUCAUAUGACCGCAUGAGAAACGCAGCGGUCGCCCGCAGCCUGCUGCAGACCCUCCACACCGAGACAUCCAUAUUCAACCGCAAAGAGGCUCCACCCGAGAGAUACCUCUUCAUCCUGGACCGGCUGAUUUAUCUGGAUGCUGCUGAAGAUUUUGUGGCCAAGGCUCGACGCUUCUACCCUCCUAAAGAUGAUGAUGAUGAUGAAGAGGACACCACCGGUCGAAUAAAUCUCCCUCUGCUGCUGUCCCGCAUGAAUCAGAACAUCUCUGGAGGAGAGGACGAGGAUGAAGAGGGCGAGACCACCGGUCCAGAGGACUGACAAUGAGAUUAGAUUGUGUUGAGGGUUUUGGAGGUAAAAGUAUUUUGACUGAUGUGGGUUCGGGUUUUAGGGUGGAUGAUGGGGAUGCUUAAGAUUAAAUGGUGCAGGUUUAAACCAUUUAUUAGACAAAUGAUUUUAUGAGAAAUAGGAGACUUUUUAGAAACAUAGAAAUAGCUGCAGGUCUCACAUUUUAUGUAACUAUGAAUUAUAAAAUCAUUAGAAGAUUCAGGAUUACGGAGGCAUGUUGAUAUUGUAAGGCUUAGAUUGUGAAGUGAAUUUAAAUGAGUAGAAAUGAAAUGCAUCUCUUGAAAUUUGUGUCUGUGUUCUUUACAUUGGACGCUUGUGAAAAUGUUGAAACUAGUCGGUUAUUAAAAACUUCAACUCUCA